UUCUGGGGCUAUGGGUGUGUAUAUGUGUGUUUCUUGAAUCGAUGAGGGAGUGAGCGUCUCACUGCUCUCAUUGUCUUACAUGUAAGGCUGAUGAGAAGAACCAGUCCUUAGGCUGCCAUCUGCCUGAGCUUCUCUACACAGACAGGCUCUGGCCAGGUAUCUCGAGGACAAACCUCUACUGGAUGUGGAGCCGCUGCAGGGUCCUGAAAGAUGGGAAGCUGAAAAUUAGGCUGUGAAUAAGGUCCAUUUUCUAAGGAAUCUCUUCAGCUUCCGUCUGGAUUACCUGCCUUUGUGAACACCUACUACCCAUUGACUCUGUUCUUAAUAGAUGGGUUCAGCCUUUAAGAGAUUCUGCAUGCAGUUCUGCUGCUGCUGCUGCUGUGCUGGUGACGACGACGACGAGGAUGAAAAGCAGCCAUUAGUACCUCAGGAUCCGUUGGAGUAUUUUAACCGUGAAGUCCAGAAGCGUCGAGAUGAGGAGACCAACCUUUGGAGUGAGCCAGGAGACCCCAGCCACUCGGAGAGAGAUGAUGACCGGGUCCUUUACAGCCUGCUGCAGGCCAGGAACAAGACCCGCAUGGGAUCCUCGGGCUACCGCCGUCUUAGUGUUGACAUUGAGGCCAUGAGAGAUACCCGUCGAGAAGUCAGAGACAAAUGGCAGACGAUCCUGGAGAACUUAGGUUUCAUGGCGGAGGCAGAGUCUUUGCUGACAGUGUCUGCUGGAGCCUCACAUGACCGCAUGCGUAAUGCCCCAGCAGCACGUGCCCUGCUUCAUACGCUCCACUCUGAGACUUCCAUCUUUAACUCCAAAGAACCACCACCAGAAAGAUAUCUAUUCAUCCUGGAUCGUCUCCUGUAUCUUGAUAUAGGUGAAGAUUUUUUGGCAAAGGCAAGGCGCUUCUAUCCUCCAAGGGAUGAUUCUGACGAGGAGACCCCAGGCCUUGCCAUAAACCUGCCGCUGCUGCUGGCCAGGGUAGAGGCCAUGAAUGGACAAGCCAAUGAAGAAGAAGAUGAGGAUGAAAGUGGAAGAGAAGAUGGAAACUUAAGUGACAGAUCGUAAUAUCUACUGGAUGCAAUAAUAAUAGAAGCAAGGCAGGGGGCAGUAGUCAUCAACCAUGGAGACCUGGAUGACAGGGUUGCAUAGCUCUUACCUUUAAGUGUCUGUUGCCUCAUACAGUGUUGCUGCUGCUUCUUGGAGGUUUUAGGCUAAACAAUUUCUCCUUUCUCCCACAGCUGCUCAGCUUGAGUCUUAUUCUGUUUUCUCUUGUCAAAAUCUAAAAGAUUUUCAGGUAAAUGUUACAGAGGUGUUAACGGUCUACCACAGAGUUUUAUCAAGUUCUUAUCCUGUUCAAUUUUCAGCUGUUGUGAACCUUCAGGGUAGCGAUGUUCCUUUGAGCAGAGCCUCUUUAUAUUUAGUCCUAUGAUUAUCAGCACUCAUUUCAUUCAAUCACAUGAUCGGUAACCACUCUGAAUAGAUAGCCCAGUAAACUGAUGUCAGGUUUUUCUUAGUUUCACAAGAAUGUGUCUGUAUACUUGAUACUAUAAAACUCAUUAAAGUCUGUAUUUGUCUUAAACAUUUUGGAAAAUAGCAUAUGGAAAUACAAUGUAGUUGGUACUGUAUGUUGAACUUUUAAAAUGGCUGUAUGCAAUGGCUGUAUUCAGGUGAUGCAUAAGGGUGUUUUUUUCCCUCCAGUAAUUUACUGAAAACGUGAAAGAUUUCCAAACUCAUGUGGCAAUUUGUGUAUGUGUUGUGGUGACCAGUUCAUGAUGAAAUAAAGCUCCAGCCUAAAGCCC